CACACUGAACAAUUGUACACCAGUUCUACACCUAAUAAACUCCUUACUCAAUAUUCAAUAUUUCAUAAACACUUAAACAUCAUUAAAAAAUCAUUUUAUCAUCUUAUCCCCUCCCCCACUUCACCACCACCGCCACUUUCCUCGCCGGGAAAACGCUACCUUUUACCGGCGGGCGAACUUCAGAACUCAAACCCACAAAAACCCACCUCAAGCAUGUCAUCAAUUUUUAUCUUUUCGGCCCCAAAUACUCUCAAAACCUCUAUUAUCAACUUCAAUUCCAAUCGGAGGAAUUCCUUUUCCCUUCCUUUAAGGAAUCAUUCUUUUUCUCCAAUUGGAAGAAAGCUUCCUCGGAAAGCUAAUACUAUUCUAGCAUGUUCAACUUCAUCAGCUUUUAUAGGGAAAGUUGGGUUGCAAAAAAGAGAAGGCAACUUCUCGUUGCUAUCGUUUGGGGUGGAUCCUAAAGGUGUGUUGGAAACUGAGGCGAAGGCUGGUGCUUCACAAGUUUUAUCAGCAAUGCUUCCGUUUGUGGUGGCUCUAACUGCAGUUGCCGCUCUUUAUCAGCCUUCUACUUUCACUUGGGUGUCAAAGGAAUUGUAUGCUCCUGCACUUGGAGGAAUUAUGUUGUCUAUUGGAAUUAGACUCUCCAUAGAUGAUUUUACUCUUGCAUUUAAAAGACCUAUGCCUUUAUCUGUUGGCUUUGCUGCACAAUAUGUUCUGAAACCGGCUCUGGGGGUGUUGGUAGCAACGGGAUUUGGGAUAUCUCCAAUGUUCUAUGCCGGUUUUGUUCUUAUGUCAUGUGUUGCCGGAGCACAACUAUCAAGUUAUGCCAGCUUCUUGAGCAAAGGCGAUGUGGCCUUAAGCAUUCUAUUGACCAGCUCGACUACUAUUGCAUCUGUUCUUGUUACUCCUCUUUUAACCGGCCUUCUCAUAGGUUCUGUGGUUCCAAUUGAUGCGAUUGCUAUGUCAAAAUCAAUUUUGCAGGUGGUUCUUGCUCCGGUCACUCUUGGGUUGGUGCUAAAUACUUAUGCUAAACCAGUUGUAUCUGUUCUACAACCUCUAAUGCCUUUUGUUGCAAUGAUUUGUACUUCAUUGUGUAUUGGAAGCCCACUUGCUAUAAAUAGGAGCCAAAUUCUUUCAGCGGAGGGAAUGAGAUUGGUCGGCCCUGUAUUGUCAUUUCAUGCAAUGGCAUUUGCCUUGGGUUACUGGAUCUCCAAAAUUCCGCCUUUGAGGUUAGAGGAAGAAGUCUGCAGGACAAUCUCAUUAUGCACAGGAAUGCAAAGUUCGACACUUGCAGGGCUCCUCGCUUCACAAUUCCUCGGAAGCACACAAGCUGUUCCCCCUGCUUGCUCGGUGGUUGCCAUGGCUAUAAUGGGCCUUUGUCUGGCUUCGUUCUGGGGCAGCGGAUACAGAAUCAGAGACUUGCCGUCUCUUGUGAGUCCUCAAACUGGUUCUACGGUCGAAGCUUAAUGAAGCUGCAGCUUUCUCAUGUCUUCCGAAACUCGAACGUAUACUGAUGUAGAGUAAAUGUUUAUAGCUGCAUAUAAACAUAAUUUUUAUACAUUAGAGGGAUUAGAUUUUGUCAACAAGUUAACAUACAGUGUUGCAGGAGGCAAAUAUGUAGGCAAAUAUGUAGAAGGGUUGAGCUUAGCAGCACUUGGCCACUUGUGCAGUUUUCUUGUUUCCUGCAUUAGCUACUACUACUUCUUAUGUAUAGUGCCCAAGUUAUAGAAACGAAAAUAUAAAUAUUUUUUCCCUAAUACCAUUUUUUUCCUCUUUUAUGGGAUA